GCCACAUACCCCACCUCGUCAGAUUCAUUCUACAUCUAAAAAUCAAGAAUUACUAGCAAGAUUAAGACAAGAAAAGCAGCGAACGAGAUCCACGUACGAACCAAUCUGUUCAAACAUAAUCGAUACAACAAACAAGCUUUUAAUGGAUAGAUUGAAAAUCAAAUGCGAUUAUAUAUGGGAUCCUGUCACUAACGAUGCUACAAAAUAUAUUGAUGAAUUAAUCGAUAGCUCUGAUACUCGCAAUGAGUUUCGUAGCAAACUUCAACUUCCAUUUGUUCCAUCAAAUGAAAUAUAUUCAUUUAAAAAACAUUAUGAAAUGCAUUGGGUCCAUCGUUUUGCUGACAAACUAUCAUUGUUUUUUGAAGCUCCACGAAAUCCGCUCUUGGAUAAAAACUCCGAGGGUUGGUUGAAUUGUCACAUCUUGACUUCAUUGAUUGAUGAUUGCUUUUUGACAUGUGAAGAAAUUCAA